AUGGUCACCACUCGUAAUAGUAAGAUACUCAAGCAUGUUAGGGACGACGACGAGUCCUCCGACCCAGAUGAUGAGGCUUCCAGCACAUCAGGCGACGAGAAUCCCAACGACCCAGCCUCAACCCACAUCUACGGCCUUGCCUCCUAUUUCUGCACACGGGAAGAAUUCCAUGACGUCUUGAGCCAGAUGUACGACAUGCAAGACCAACCUUCAUACAGGCGAGGUUAUCCCACUGUCAUGCAUGACAUGUUCAACAAACUGCACAUCGCAGUGAUGAGCUGGACUUGGCAGUGGAGCCAAGAAAAAAAGGUUCAGCAUCUCUCGAAAGACGAUAAACAGGACAUCAUUGCCAGCCUCCAGGGCCAGUGCGUUCAGGACGACUGGGAUAGUAUCAGAGCUUUAUCUCCGCCGGCAGUUCGCGGGAAUCUGUGUGGUGUUCUACUCCAAGCAAUGCUUUAUCAAUUCAUCUUCGCAACAUUUAUCGAAUCUCCCUUUUGGUUCAUGGAUGGCAGGAUCGAUUCUACCGACGUCGAAGGUGAUCCUCAGUUCCCUCGACGGUUUCAGCAUCUGUAUGAUAGACUACGUGCAGCAACUGGCUUUGGUGCAGCAUGCUUGAAAUCAUUGGUCAUAUCGGAGUCCAAUGCGAACAGCCCCUUCGUCGGCGUGCCUCAUGACACAGAACUUGCCCGGAGCAAUUUUGCCCGCCGUAAGACAUUGAUAACUGCUUUUAGAGAUGAACUUCUUGGGCGCAGGGUCUUCCAACUCCUUCUUCGCCCUUUGGAAGAUGAGGCUGUGAUAGCAGACCGCAACGACGCGCUUCAGGACCUCCUUGAAGAGGCAGUUAAGACAGUCCUCUACACCGAGGGUGGGAUCUACGGCAACUCUGUGAUAACUCGCCUACCCGAGCUGCCGGUCUUUGACUACGAGGAUGACCGCAUGACCUCGCACUAUUAUCACUUCAUCAAUGAUCGCCGCAUUCGAGGCUUUGCACCUGCCCAGGGGGGUCGCAGCCUCAUUGUUGCUCGCCCGGGACUCGCCUAUGCCGACAUGCAAUCGUUUGGUCAGUUUGCGAAGCGCUCGCCUUACCAAAUGUUCCCGGCGGAAGUGGUGGGCGAGGUAAUCCCGGAGAAGACCAGUACCAAAUCCAAGGCGAUGUCCCGAAAGACGAAGUCCACCAAGACGAAGUCCAGAAAUAAGAAGGCAAAGACGGAUUCCAAACCCGUUUCCAAGUCUGUGGUCUCCGAGACCCCCUCUGAGUCUCAGAUAUCCAACGCACCCGAUGCCGACAACGACUCCAAGGAAAAAAGAGAGAAGCAGAAGACCCCCACUCUGGAGCAACUGACGCCGCGGCUAAGGAAGACCUUCUGGCGGGACUGA